AUGGAGAACUACGAGUCGCCGUCCGAAGUUUUUAAAAAAAAGGACGAAAUCGAGCCAAGAGACAAGGGAAAGGAGAAAAAAGACAAGCUGAAAUUUAUCGAUAUAUUUAACGACAUAUUUAAUGACAGCAAUGAAGCAGAGCAGAGUGAUAACAAAGUCGAGAGUUUUUUAAAAAAAAAAAAAAUAAUUGAAAGUAAAAGGAAGGCAAAGAAUAAAAGCGGUGUGUAUCUUUUGAAUAGCGCACCAAAUGUGUACGCCAAUGAUUUGGUGAACUCCAGUUUGGCCAACUCAGGAAAACCCGAUGGGGAGAGAAACACCCCUGUGAACAACACCAUCCAACGAAGCAGAAGUCUGUUGAAUAAUUUAAAUAUAUUUUCCAACGAGGGAGAGAACAACCAUGCUUAUCUCGUUAACGAGAUUUAUCGGCUCAAGGCCGAAGUGGAAGAAGAGAAACAAAAAGGGUGCCGGACAAAUGAGGAGACAAAACUGUUGAAGGAAAAAAACGAUGUGCUCAGUAAGAGCAUCAGUGAUAUGAAGAACGAAAUGGAAAAACUCCAAAAUAUUUACGACGAGGAAGUUGUAAAAAUAAAGGAGUCGUACGAGAGGCGCCUGCUAGUAUUUCAGGCCGAAAUGGAGGAAAAGGAAAAUUAUUUUAAGAAGCAAAAAGAGGCUCACCGAGAGGAAUUUGAUUCACAACUGGAAGAAUACAAAAAUAUUUACAAUAAUGAGAAAAGGAAAAAUCAAGACAGGGAGAGACUCAUCGAGGAGGCUGCCAUAGAACGGGAGAAACUUAUAAAGGAGGCUGCCAUAGAACGGGAGAAACUUAUAAAGGAAGCUGCUAUCGAGCGGGAUAAACUUAUAAAGGAGGUCGCUGUAGAACGGGAGAAAUUUAUGAAAGAGGCUGCGGGCGAACUGGAAGAGCUCCAAAAGCGUGUAACCCAAAUGACCGAGCGGGAAAAAGACCUAACACAGGGCCUGAAUGAAGAAAAAGAAAAAAAUGAACAAAUCAAAACGGAAGCAGAAAAAUACAAGCAGCAAGUUGUCAACCUGAAUGAAAUUAUCAAUAAAAAAAACGAAAAUAUUAAAAAUAUGGUUAAUGAUAUCCUUUUGGUGAAAAAUGUAUAUGACGAGCUAGCCAAAGAGAAGGAACUGAACGAAUUAGGAAAAAAAAAACUAGCCAAAAAAAUUGAAACGUACGAAAAGGAUUUUCAUUAUUUGAAAAAAAACAUGGAAGGAUACAGACUGAACAAUGAUAAACUGAGGAAGUGCAACCAAGAGCUGAAUGAACAAGUGAGGGAAAUGGAAUGCCAAAUUCGUAGCCUUCAGAACGAAAAUGAAUUUUUAAAAAAAGAAAACCUUCUUUUUAACAAAAAAUUUUUGAAUGUAAAAAAGGGGAAGAAGAUAGGACAGUUGGACUACUUUUCCGACUCGACGGAUAUCAAAGAUGAGGUACCUAGUGCGGACAGUAGUGUGGAGGGAAAUAACACUUUAGGAUCUCGCAAAGACGAGACCCAGGAGAAGGAAGCGAUGAUAAUGGAACAAGCGAACGAGAUAGUCAAAGUGAAAGAUACAAGUGAUGAAAACAGCGCUGACGGAGACAGGUGCACAAAGCGGAAGAAGAAAAAGAAGAAAAAUGUUUUAAAGAAGAAAAAAAAAAUUUUUGCUAAAAUUGUAAAAAGAGGCGAUAAAAGAGAAGGUAGUAAUAGUAAAAGCGAUGGUGAUAGCGACGAUUUCGGUGAGGAUGCGGAAGACUCCUCAUCCACCGAGGGGGAUAGGCCCGUAGAAUCAACGUGCGCGCUCAGCGUGCUAAGAACCCGUCGUUCGAAACGGAAAAACACCACGGAGCAGAAAAGACGCAGCAUCAGUGGGGACCACCGAGGAGAAGACGAAUCAGAUGAAACAGACUUAUCGAACGACUCAAACAAAUCGGGUGAAUCGGGUGAAUCGGGUGAAUCGGGCGAAUCUGACGAAAAAGGUGAAAAAGGUGAAAAAGGCGAAAAAGGCGAAAAAGGCGAAAAAGGAAAAGCCCACCUCAGCAUGCUAAGCCGAACAGGCAAAAAACCCAACUGUGCAUACUCGUCAAAAAAGGAAGUGCAACUGUCCGAUGAGAGGCGCAGCCUAGGCAAUUUAGUGAGCGAAAAAAAAAUGAAGGGAAAUGACAUCGGACAAAAUUACGAAGAUGUUGAAAAUGCAAACCGAUUCGAUCUGAUCCCUGAAUUUUUGGAAAACGAUACAAAAGAUGAAAAGAAAAAGAAAAAAAAAAAGGAAGGAAAAAAAGAAAAAACAAAGUACGAUUAUAGUAAGACAAAAUUAAGUGCUACCAAUUUUGGAAGCUCCAACAUGUUCAGCAAAGAGCUAAGCAGCAACAAAUAUUUAUUCGAUUUGAAUCUAUACAGCUUAAAAAAGUAUAAUAUUUUCAGCCUCAGCAAUGGGGUAUUCCCCCAAGGGGGGGAUGGCGCCUUGACUAACCUGGUGAGUAAGAAAAAGAGCUGCCCACCACGCAUGGUCCAUUUGGAAGAUCAGCACAAUUUGGACGAAAUGCAUAAUUUGGAUGAUGUGCAUAAUUUGGACAUGAGCGCAAAGAACACUUGGCGCAGAAGAACGGAGGGUUUGCCUCGCGUGCUAAGGGAUUCCUCUUGCGAUAGAACCAACGAGGGGGAAGUGUCGAACGGUUUCGAAGCUGCACCACAAGCGAGGAUUCUCCAACAUGCGAACUGUAUAAAUCACAUAAACGAUGACAUGGAGAAAAACAAAACAAUCAAUUACUUCUUAGCUAACAUAAAAAAGGAAAAGAAGAAUUCGAACGAAACUGUGAUGAUGAAGAGAAGGGAAACUCGUCUGCACAGGCUCCUCAGUAGACGUGACUCCUCUAGCGGAUCCUUCCAAAUGGAGAAAGGAAAAGUGGUGCAGAAGUUGCUGGGGGGGGAGGAACCCAUAGACUGUGAAAAAAGUGAUAACCAUGGUAGUGUUCUGCAGAGCGGCAGUGUCACUGCCCUUGAUGAACUUGACAGGCAUAGGCACCACCUUCCGGUAGGUCAGAGAGACAUGCAAUCCUACCUUCUAAGCAAAUGCAAAGGAAAAAACAACAUCUAUGGUCUGUUCAUCAUAAACGAACGUCUAAAGAGUAUCUACAAAAACAUAGCCAACAAAAGAAAGUCCAUUAGCAAUUUUCCAGUGAGCAUGCCAAAGAUUGAAAAUCAAAAAAAGUUCAGUAGUUCCUUUAAUAUCCUGCAAAAAGGAAAGUUUCUUUCGGGGGAGGAAGAAAAUAUACCGAUGGUGGUUCCCCUUGGUUGUAAAAAAAAUACACAUGAAAUGGUGCCUUCUUUUCAGGAUAGAGGAGAAUCCAACAGAUUUCAUGUUGAGACACAAAAUGGUCGCAUUAAGGAGGAUGUUCCAUGGGGGGAUGAAACGAAAAAAAGGAGUUUCACCGCGGAAAGUAGAUUAACAGAAGAGAUGCAUAGUGUAGGCAGUUCCUUUGUAGUGCCCGGAGAAGAUCUCCUUCCAAGGGACGAGGAACAAAUUCCAAAAAAUUUCACUUUGGAAAAUUCAAAAAAUAUGAACACGUUAGGCAAAAAAAGGGAACCCACAUAUUCACACGAGGAAAAUGAAGAGGAGGACAUCUUUUUAGGAAAAAGAAGUUACCUCGGAAAUGCCCACUCCAUUUCGGCUAUGUUUAAUAAGAAUGAGUCACCAACAGGUAAUUACCUGUCGUCAAAUGAGUCUCAUUCGAAGGUAGCAACAAACGGGGGAGAGGUAGACGUGCGUUUAGUGGAUGGUGAAACUUCCCGUUCCAUGACAUGGAAUCCUUUGUACCAGGAGGGCAUGGAGAAGUGCGUUUCGUUCGUAAAAGUGGGUAGUAAAUUUCUUCAUGAAGGGGUAGACAAAGUUGGAAGCGAACUUCGGGGUGAAGGUCUUCCACUUAGAGAACGUCUGAUACAUCAUCAUGGAUCAGUUCUUCACAAUGGAAUAUUACAUCAUGCGAACGAAGAGGGAGACAAGGAAUUUGCGAACCAUCUCAAAGAGAAGGAAACCCCAUCAAAAGGUAAACCUCGUCAUAUAAACAAAAACCAAGAAGAGGAUGAAACCAGCAACUUCGAUUUAAAUGAUGUAUUUAAUUCAAAUUUUAACAACUUUUUAUUAUCCUAUAAGAGUAAAAAAAGGGAAUUUGCCGCAUCUCCCUCUUCUCUUGCUUCUGUCGCUUCUGUUGCUUCUUCCGCUUCUCCCUCACCAUCCAGAAAUCGAAUUUUUGAAAUUUUAAAAAAAAAAAACUCCCCAUAUGAUAACUCACACGAACGAAAUUGUACAGACGCCGCGAGAAAAGAUUCCUACUUCGAAAAUUAUUUAAAAGACUUGAAGCAACAGAGGGGUAGGGCUCGAGUGGGAGAAGAUCCAAGCAGUGUGUACACUCGCCGUGUUGAUAGACAAGAUCAGCAGAAUGGAUCCACGGAUAAACAUACACAGAGGGAAAGCAACAAAUGGAACUGCUUGGCUGAAACAGAAAAGUUCAUCAAACAAGAUUCUCCAAAAAAUAGUAAUGUUGUGGAUGAUCCAAAUGUACUUAUGCAAAACAAUACCAACACGGGGAUAAUUUCCGGUGGUGGAAGUGAUUGUAAUGGAGACUCAAACAGAGGCAAUAUUAGGAAGGAGAGCGAGCGCUUUCUAUUCAACAGCAACUCCGUAAUGAACAAUGGGUCUAACUCCAUCGGGGGGAUGACGUAUGAAAAUGUUGUGAGGAGCCACAUGGAAAAUGCGCACUUUAUUAAUUUGGUUAAAAAAUAA